AUGAGAAUUAGAAUUUUUCACCCGAAAUUUCAGUUCCGUUAUGCUACAAAUUGGGAUCGUUUUUGCAUUUUUAUUGGCGUUAUUUGUUCAAUUAUCAGUGGAGUAUCACAACCAAUUAUGGCACUUGUCAGUGGACGAAUUACGAAUGUUCUGCUCGUUUAUCCACCAAAUUCAAAAGAAUUCCGUAAUAAAGCCUAUGAGAAUGUAUAUAUUUUCCUUGGCAUCGGCGUCUUCGUCCUCAUCACAAACUUCAUACAGUUUAUGUGCUUUCACAGCUGCUGUACUCGUGUAAUUUCAAAAAUGCGUCAUGAAUAUGUUCGAGCGAUACUUCGCCAGAAUGCAGGCUGGUUUGACAGGAAUCACUCUGGAGCCCUGUCAACAAAAUUGAACGAUAACAUGGAAAGAAUUCGUGAAGGAAUCGGCGAUAAACUUGGCCUGUUGCUUCGAGGAUGUGCCAUGUUCACUGCAGCCGUGAUUAUUGCAUUCAUCUAUGAAUGGCGAUUGGCAUUAAUGAUGCUUGGAGUAACGCCAACUACAUGUGCCAUUAUGUCCAUUAUGGCCAGGAAAAUGACGUCAACGACUAUGCGUGAAUUGGUUGGAGUAGGAAAAGCUGGAUCGAUUGCUGAAGAAUCGCUUAUGGGGGUUCGAACCGUCCAAGCUUUCAAUGGACAACAAGAAAUGGUAGACCGCUAUUCCACCGAAUUGGAACGAGGAAAAUCGAUAGCGAUUUGGAAAGGUUUCUGGAGUGGUCUCCUGGGUGGACUAUUCUUUUUCGCGCUAUUCUCUUUCUUGGGAUGCGGAAUGCUAUAUGGCGGUUAUUUGCUCAAAGUGAACAUCAUAAAAACACCUGGCGAUGUGUUCAUUGUUGUGAUGUCUCUACUACUUGGUGCUUACUUUUUGGGAUUGAUCUCACCGCAUUUAAUGGUACUGCUAAAUGCAAGAGUGGCAGCUGCUACGAUCUACCAGACUAUUGACCGGGUGCCAAAGAUAGAUGUCUACUCAGAAAAAGGACGUAAACCGGACCGAAUUCAUGGCCGUGUUGUAUUUGAAAACGUGCACUUCCGAUAUCCUAGCAGGAAAGACGUCAAGGUACUGAAUGGCUUGAAUCUCGUCAUUGAACCAGGCCAGACAGUGGCAUUGGUUGGCCAUUCUGGAUGUGGUAAAUCGACAUCGGUCGGCUUGCUGACACGCCUUUAUGAACCCGAAUCUGGACGAGUUACGAUCGAUGGCGAAGAUGUACGAGAAUUGAACAUAGACUGGCUGCGGAAUGCCGUCGGGAUUGUGCAGCAAGAGCCAUGCCUAUUCAACGACACAGUGGCGGGUAAUCUGCGUAUGGGCAAUCCGUCUAUGUCCUUGGAACAAAUGGUAUACGUAUGCAAAAUGGCGAAUGCACACGACUUCAUUGGCAAACUGCCAAAUGCCUACGAGACCUACAUUGGUGACGGGGGUGUGCAGCUGUCAGGCGGUCAGAAACAACGGAUCGCCAUUGCACGUACAUUGGCACGUGACCCAAAGGUUCUUCUUCUGGACGAAGCAACAAGUGCUCUCGAUGCUCAAAGUGAAAGCAUUGUCCAGUCCGCUCUGAACAAUGCUUCCCGCGGCCGUACAACGAUAGUGAUCGCUCAUCGCUUGUCAACCAUUCGAGAUGCCAACAAAAUUGUGUUUUUCGAAAAAGGACAGAUUGUAGAGCAAGGAACACACCAAGAACUCGUGGCUUUACGUGGAAGGUACUACGAGUUGGUGAAGGCACAACAAUUCGAACCUGAAGCUGAAGAAGUUGAAGAAGAAGAGGUCGACCUAGGAUCCGGCUCUGAAGCGUUUGUCCGUGGGCAGGCUCUUAAUGACUCGUUUGGGCGACAAUCAUACAAUGCUGAAGCGGACGCAGAAAACGAAGCCCUUGCUCUGGAGGUGAAAAGAAUCAUGGAGGAGGACGGUGUCAUUAGUGCUGGAUACAUCGACAUCUACAAAAACGCCACCGGGAAUUACCACUGGAUAUUCCUCGGCUUUGUCACAGCGGUUUUCCGUGGAAUGGAACUUCCAGCGCUGUCUCUUGUUUUUGCCUACGUCUUUGAAGCAUUUCAAAUGGUCCCAUGGGGAGCCGAUAUGAUGCACAGAUUAUGCAUGGCUGUUAUCAUUUUCGGUUCCAUUGGCGUUGGUGUCGUCAUUUUCCAACUCCUUAGCAGUGUGUUCUUUGCGAUCGUGUCGGAAAACUUGGCUAUGCGAUUCAGAGUGGAAUCCUUCAAAAAUCUGCUCUACCAGGAUGCUUCGUAUUUCGACAAUCCUGCGCAUACACCUGGCAAGCUUAUAACUCGUUUGGCUAGUGAUGCACCGAAUAUUAAAGCAGUUGUUGAUGGUCGUGCACUUCAAGUUAUUUACGCAAUGACGGCUGUAAUCGCAUGUAUUAUAAUUGGAUUUAUAUCCAGCUGGCAGGUUACACUAAUCGGAAUAGGGAUGUUAUUCAUCCUGGCUACGUCUAUGAUAUGGUUGGCUCUGACAAUCAUGAACAAAAACAUCAAACUGGUUAAGGAUGAUGAAGCUGGACGAAUAGCAAUCGAAACGAUUGAAAAUGUUCGAACCAUACAAUUACUUACACGAAUGUCUACUUUCUAUGGACGAUACAAAGCAGCCAGUAAACUCGGAAAACGAUCUGAAUCAAUAAAAGGGAUCUUCGAAGCUAUAAACUUUACAAUCUCUCAAUCCUUUACCUACCUCAUGGUUUGUGUAUGUUAUGCCGUAGGAAUUCAUAUUAUCUAUACUGAACAGAAGACACCCGACAACGUAUUCAGAACGAUCAUAGCUAUGCUACUCGCGUCAGUGGCUGUGAUGAAUUCGUCUUCAUAUUUUCCCGAAUUCGUCAAGGCACGAACAGCGGCAGGACUUCUAUUUAGCGUGAUUUACCGUAAGCCACGAACGGGAGAUGCGAAUGUUGGUGAGAAAACCAUUCGUGGAAACAUUCUGUUCGACGACGUCAAGUUCAGUUAUCCGCAACGGCCUAGGCAACCUAUAAUGAGAGGACUGCAAUUCUCAGCUCAACGCGGUCAAACCGUGGCACUUGUUGGACCAUCUGGUUCCGGAAAGUCUACAAUUAUCUCGAUGCUUGAACGUUUCUAUGAUACCACUGGCGGAUAUGUUCGGUUUGAUGGAAAGGAUUUAAAAACACUAUCGCUCAAUCAUCUACGCACGCAAAUGGCAUUAGUUGGACAAGAGCCAAGGCUAUUUUCGGGAACCAUCAAGCAGAAUAUUUGCUUUGGUCUGGGAGUGGUACCAAUGGAGAAAAUCGACCGGGCUAUUGAGUUGGCGAACGCCAAAGGUUUCCUUGCUAAUUUACCAGCUGGUAUCGACACGGAGGUCGGUGAAAAAGGCACACAACUCUCGGGUGGACAGAAGCAGCGUAUUGCUAUAGCACGGGCGCUGGUACGAGAUCCCAAAAUAUUGCUGCUGGACGAAGCCACCAGCGCUUUGGAUUCAGAAAGUGAAAGAGCGGUCCAAAAGGCCCUGGACUUGGCUCGAGAAGGUCGUACAUGCAUUACAAUCGCCCAUCGACUAUCGUCAAUUCAAAAUGCCGACCUUAUUGUCUAUGUGGAAAACGGGAAGGUUCGAGAAUCUGGUACUCAUUCCCAGUUGAUGCAGCGACGUGGUUGCUACUAUCAACUGAUCAAGAAGCAAGACCUUACGACAUGA